AUGAAAUUUCCAAUCGAGACUCCAAGAAAACAGGUGAACUGGGAUCCUCAAGUGGCUGUUCCCUCACCAGUGCCAGCUUGUGAACCCGAGCCCAAAGCAAACGGGCAUUACACAUCUCCGCGGCUCUCUGUUUCCUCCCGAGCAAUGGUUGUCGCUACCAUGGAAGCACCUUCUCAGGGCCUGCAGACAGUCAUGAAGUGGAAAACUGUGGUGGCCAUCUUUGUUGUGGUUGUGGUAUACCUGGUGGCUGGAGGACUCGUGUUCCGUGCCCUGGAGCAGCCCUUCGAGAGCAGGCAGAAGAAUACCAUCGCGCUGGAGAAGGCAGACUUUCUUCGGGAACAUGUUUGUGUAACCCAGCUAGAGCUGGAGACACUGAUUCAGCAUGCUAUUGAUGCAGAUAAUGCAGGAGUCAGUCCCAUAGGAAAUUCCUCUAACAACAGCAGUCAUUGGGACCUUGGAAGUGCCUUUUUCUUUGCUGGAACAGUCAUCACAACAAUAGGGUAUGGAAACAUUGCCCCAAGCACUGUUGGAGGCAAGGUAUUCUGCAUCUUGUAUGCCAUCUUUGGCAUUCCUCUGUUUGGCUUCUUGCUGGCUGGAAUUGGAGACCAACUUGGAACAAUCUUUGGGAAGAGUAUCGCAAGGGUGGAAAAGGUUUUCAGAAAAAAACAAGUGAGCCAAACAAAGAUCCGGGUGAUCUCUACCAUCCUCUUCAUCCUGGCUGGCUGCAUUGUCUUUGUGACCAUUCCCGCUGUUAUCUUCAAACACAUCGAGGGGUGGACAGCCUUGGAGUCCAUCUACUUUGUGGUUGUCACUCUGACUACUGUUGGUUUUGGUGACUUUGUAGCAGGAGGAAAUGCUGACAUCCAUUACCGAGAGUGGUAUAAACCUUUAGUGUGGUUCUGGAUCCUUGUUGGCCUUGCCUAUUUUGCUGCUGUUUUGAGUAUGAUUGGAGACUGGUUAAGGGUCCUGUCCAAGAAGACAAAAGAAGAGGUUGGAGAAAUAAAAGCCCAUGCAGCUGAGUGGAAAGCAAAUGUGACAGCUGAGUUCAGGGAGACACGGCGGCGGCUCAGCGUGGAGAUCCAUGACAAACUUCAGAGGGCAGCCACCAUCCGGAGCAUGGAGCGCCGACGCCUGGGCUUGGACCAGCGAGCCCAUUCCUUAGAUAUGCUGUCUCCAGAGAAGCGCUCAGUCUUCACUGCCUUGGAAACAGGACGCUUCAAGGCCUCAUCUCAGGAAAGCAUCAACAACAGGCCUAACAACCUACGCCUUAAAGGGUCCGAUCAACUCCACAAGCAUGGGCAAGGGGCAUCUGAGGACAACAUCAUUAACAAAUUUGGAUCAUCUGCUAAGAUGACCAAAAGGAAAAACAAAGACAUCAAAAAGACCAUCCCUGAGGAUGUGCGUAAAAUUUAUGAGACCUUCCGAAACUACUCCUUGGAUGAAGAAAGAAAGGAAGAAGAGACUGAGAAGAUGUGUAAUUCUGAGAACUCUUCUAGCACUACAGUCCUGACCAACUGCAUCCAGCAGCACUCAGACCUGGAGAAUGGAGUGAUCCCCACUGAAACCAAAGAAAGGGAACAUGAAAACAAAGCAUUACUUGAAGACAGAAAUUAA